CCGCUACGAAGUUCCCCAACGAUAUAAAAGACAGACGGGCACCGAGGACGGGGGAGAGGGCAGCGCAAAGCAGCCAGGUGUAUUCGACAGGACAAUGUGCCUAUACUGGUGCACCCCGUGAUGUGGCUAAUGAUUAGUUCUGAUCGCGGCGCCGGCACGUUGCAGAGGUGAUAGGAAUAUAGUAAAUAAAAUGUGCAUGUUGGAUACUUGGCGGGCAUGCAACUGGUUUCAAACGGGAAUGGAAUAAAAAAAGAUGCCAGGCGCAGUCGAGGGGGACGAGGGUGACGCUGACGCACAUGCGAUGCCCCAGAAAGGAAGGCGACCGAUGUAAGCCCCUGGUGAGACCCCUGGUGAGACCCCUGCUCAUGUUAGUUUCAGUCCAAUACUCUACACUCCACAGCUGGGCUCUCCAUUAAGUGAGGGGGAUUCGGAGAAGCCAGGCACAUGGCGUGUUGAUCUAGGUAUAUCCAGAAAGAGUGAGAGAAGAGUAUAAAUGGGAUGGACGGUGCCCUUCACGAUGCUGCUUAACAGGCCGAGCCACCCACAAGCAUAGGUAUAUACCCAGAGCCUAUUCUCGUUCUUCCGACUCUAAAUUAAAGGCGUCGCGAUUCUAUCAGUCGAGAAUGCCUUCCGGGAAGAGCUUCGUCGCUACGGGGCUGGCCCUACUGAUGGCCACCGCCAUCCCGGCCGUGAACGGCAUGCCCAUCGAAGAACUGUUCAAGCUCGUGGCUCGUGACCCGCCGCAGGCCCUGGCUGAGAGAGCUACGGCCAAUGACAAGAAGUGGCAACCGGCGAUGGAUUUCGACACAGACGGCUGCUACAACACGCCGGCCAUCGACGCGAACGGCAACAUAAACCCGGGUCUGCCGCACAACAACGCCGGUCUCUCCUCGGGCUGCAGAGACGCCUCGGACCUCAGCAACAACAACGUAUACUCGCGGGCGCGGUGCAAUAACGGCUGGUGCGCAUACAUGUACGACUACUACUUUGAGAAGGACGUGGCCAUCGCCAAUUUCCCCUUGGAUCUCGGCCAUACGCACGACUGGGAGCACAUCGUCGUGUUCGUCCAGAACGACGAGGCCAAGUACGUGGCCGCGUCGCAACAUGGCGACUAUGAGACGAAGGCGGCGAGCAGCGUCCGCUGGGAGGGCACGCAUCCUAAGAUGGUAUACCACAAGGACGGACUCAGCACACACACGUUCCGCUUCGGCAACGCGGACGACGAUAACAUCGAGAACCACACGGGCAGGUGGUUCUACGGCGCGCUCGUCUCCUAUAACGGGUUCCCAAGCACUUCGCUCCGGGACCAGCUUUUCGCGCACGACUUUGACAAGGCUACGAUCGCGAUUAAGGAUGGGACUUUCCAAAGCAACCUGGACAAGGCGCGCAAGGAAUUCAUCAGCGGCUUCGAUAGCGGGCAGGAUGACGGCUCACCGGGGACCCCUUAAUAUAAAUAUAGAGGUUAGAGUUGGUAAGGAAACCAAGCAUCGACGAAGGUAGCUUGGCGAAUGUUGAAAAUUUUUCAUAACCAAAGGAAGAAGAGAGAACUGCAAUGUGCGGGUGGUGAAUGUGUAUGAGCAUGUGUUAUGUAUGUGUCCAUGUGUGUCUGUCCUCAUUAGUCCUGCUACCGCACUCGUUCUACGGCAGCAGGGUGGAUCGGACCGGCUGUCUAGGCCUCGGGUUCAUUCUUCCACUGCGAAUAGUUGUAAAACAAGUUAACGCUCCUGCGCAUUGAAGAGUCGCGAGAGGUAGGCAAAUUGUGGGUUGGCAAGCAGAGGCCAGCUGGGCUCGCGUCGCUGAGACGCAGACGGGGAGAGAAGUCGGGGAGAUAUCGACGAGAUAUCGGCUAGAGCAGAAUAGAGGAGAGAUAGACGAGGCACUGGCCUGUCGGCUCGUACGUUGCGCGAGAGAGAGAGCCUAGUAUGGAAUGCAGGCUCGUUGAUGGCCUGGUCGCUUACGUGGUCCUCGGAGAGGUCUUCUGGGGGUAGGCCGUACGUGGUCCAUAUCGCUGAGGUAGAUAGUUCUGGUGAUGCUCGACGGGAUUCAUCGUCGGUUGUUGUUGUAGUGUAGAAAUUUUAUCAGG